AUGGCGCCCCGGAGAUCGCACAAGAAGUCGCGGAAUGGAUGCGACCAGUGCAAGCAAAGACGAGUUAAGUGCGAUGAACGUGGUCCUCCUUGCACCAACUGUCAGAACAGAGAGAUAAACUGCGUCUUUUCGUCGGCGGUUGCUCGCAGAAUCAAAGCGUCAACCACAUCUGCAGACGCCUCUCCUAUACAAUCAUCUUUAUCACCGAACGCUCCCCUUCCAAAUACCAUUAAUGGACGGCCCGAGCCGAGUCCAGGGCCCCCGUCUGCUCCGCCUGUCUCCCCUAUCCCUCCAGCCGCACGCCUUCUUGAAUUCGAAUUAGCCCACAAAUACACUACCGACUCGUAUAAAAGCCUUUGUGGUGUCCCCGAAGAUGGAUACACAUGGCAGGUUCAUAUCCCCCGUCUGGCGCUAUCCAGCCACUUUUUAAUGGAUGGCAUAUUGGGGUUGGCAGCCCUGCAUAUAGCGUCAAGUGUCAAGCAUCCAUCCGAGGUGGUUUCGUACUUUGAUGCUGCCCUUCGAUAUCAUACUCUAGCCUCAUCCCCUUUCCGCGAGGCCCUAAACAAUAUCACACCUCUCAAUUGUGAAGCUGUAUUUGCAUUUGCCGUCAUUACCACAGUCUUCACCUUCUCCUCAACGCAGAUAGCACCGGGUGGAAGGGAAAGCGGAACUGUUCUAGAAGAUGUAAUAGCAAUUUUUGAGCUACUGCAGGGGAUCAAGGGCAUUUUCUCUGCUAGCAGUUCAUGGCUAGAAAUAAGUUGGUUUUCGUCAGGCACCAGGAUAGAAUCCGAAGAUAUCCCGGUCAAUAAUGAGCCAAACACCGAUAUGGCCUUUCGAAGAUUAAUGGCCUUUACGGAUGAGACACUGGCGUCUGCCAACGUCGAGGAGUACAAUGUUAUCAAGCGACUAGUAUCAAAGCUAGAGUUAGCUUUCUCAAUAUUCCGUGAGAAGCAAGACCAAAGUCUGGUACUUUCAUGGUUGAGCAUGUUGGAUAAGAAUACUAUUCCCAUCGGAUCCGCGACUGGACGAAAUGACUCAAUGGCCUCGUCAGCAAGUAAACCUACCCCCAAUAAAGAUGUUGUCAUAGAAUUUGGGGGCAGUCGGGCCAGUGCUCUAUGCUUUGUCGAGGGAUACGGCGGGCGAGGCUAG